UAGGCAUCAUAGAAUGACACCCACGAAAUCUAAGUUGAAGUGGUACUAAAACUGUGAAUUUGAAGUUCUUGUUGAAAAUGGAGGGACAACGUUGCAAGAUGUCAGAUAACAUCUUUGAAGAAUUAGGUAAUGGAUACCGGUACACGGAUCGAGACUUCAUAUUGACAGAGUGCACAGCAGCAGAGAAAGAUGAUCGGCUACAUGUAAGCAUUAUGGAGGAGCAUGGAUUUGGAAUUGCCUAUAUCAAAGAAGAAGAGGAGGAAAAAGGAAUCUUAGAGGAGGCAGAUCCUUCUGAUUUUAACGUAGGACGGCUUCCCGUUUUAGAAGGCAGUUCUGCCAUCUCCUAUGACUCCAGCCAAGUUCUACCCAGCGUGGAGAACAGUAGCCAGAGUGAAAGAGAGCUAGAUGAAUCCAUAAAUGAUCCAACAAAUUCUCCUCCAACCCAUGAUGAAGAUUCUACAGGGAAACAGGGAUUUGAUUGCACCAAGUGUAAGAAGAGAUUUUCUGUUGAAUCUGAUCUUGGAUCUCAUGUGAUGAUGUGCUGUGGAAACCUAUCUACUCAAUGUCCAGUCUGCAAGAAGAUUUUCGCGUCAAAGUCGUAUAUAGAAAAGCACAUGAGACUUCAUACUGGGGAGAAACCAUUUCAAUGUGGUGAAUGUGGAAUGAGAUUUACUAGGAAGCACCAUCUAGUUCACCACCAGAGAACACACACGGGUGAAAAACCCUUUAAGUGUACAGAAUGUGGUAAAGGUUUUAUCAAAAAGUCUGACCUAAAAGUUCAUUUUAGAAGACAUGGAGGUAACGAACCUUUUCAAUGCUCUUAUUGUGACAGGAAACUGAAUUCCAAGAGAGAUCUCAUUAGACAUGAGAGAACGCAUACUGGUGAGAAACCUUAUCCCUGCUCUUCAUGCAGUAAACGAUUUCCAAGAAAACAAGAACUUUUGGUUCAUGAAAGAAUACACUCUGGUGAAAACCCUUUUCAAUGCUCUUAUUGUAACAGGAAACUGAAUUCCAAGAGUGAUUUCAUGAGACAUGAGAGAACGCAUACUGGUGAGAAACCUUAUCCCUGCUCUUCAUGCAGUAAACGAUUUCCAAGAAAACAUCAACUUUUGAGACAUGAAAGAAAAGUACACCUGAAAGCAAAGAGUCCCGAAACGUCCAAAGACUCUAACGAUAACAGUGCUGUGUCUUUUCAAAAGGACCUUGAUAAACGGAAGACAUGCAGUGAUAAGAGCUCUUACCAAUGUCCUGAGUGCAACAAGAAAUUUAAAACAAAGCUGAGUUUCACACAACACAUGAAAGAGCAUACAGGAGACAAGAUCUAUCAAUGCGGUGAAUGCAAGAAGGGUUUCACUUCAGAGUCUGGUCUCAAACGUCAUAUGAGAAUACACACAGACAUUUUUUGCAGCUCAAAAAAUGCUUCAGAUGAUUUAGCAUAUCAGGAGAAGAUAUCAGAAUCCCAGUUAUCAGAGGAUGGAUGUUCAGAGGAUGACAGCGAGGGAGCGUCUGAAGGAGAACAUUUAGAGAAGGAAGAUCAUGAGGAUUCUGAAUCAGGAUGGCUUCCAGCUUCAGAAGGUAUCUCUGCCGUCUCUCAAGACUCCAGCCAAGUUCUACCCAGGUUGGAGAACAGUAGCCAGAGUGAAAGAGAGCUAGAUGAAUCCAUGAAUGAUCCAACAAAUUCUCCUCCAACCCGUGAAGAAGAUUCUACAGGGAAACAGGGAUUUGACUGCACCAAGUGUAAGAAGAGAUUUCCUGUCGAAUCUGAUCUUGGAUCUCAUGUGAUGACGUGCUGUGGAGACCUAUCUACUCAAUGUCCAGUCUGCAAGAAGAUUUUCAGGUCAAAGUCGAAUCUAGGAAAGCACAUGAGACUUCAUACUGGGGAGAAACCAUUUGAAUGUGGUGAAUGUGGAAUGAGAUUUACUAGGAAGCACCAUCUAGUUCACCACCAGAGAACACACACAGGUGAAAAACCCUUUAAGUGCACAGAAUGUGGUAAAGGUUUUAUCAAAAAGUCUGACCUAAAAGUUCAUUUUAGAAGACAUGGAGGUAACGAACCUUUUCAAUGCUCUUAUUGUAACAGGAAACUGAAUUCCAAGAGAGAUCUCAUUAGACAUGAGAGAACGCAUACUGGUGAGAAACCUUAUCCCUGCUCUUCAUGCAGUAAACGAUUUCCAAGAAAACAAGAACUUUUGGUUCAUGAAAGAAUACACUCUGGUGAAAACCCCUUUCAAUGCUCAGAAUGUGGUAAAGGAUUUCCAAGAAAACAAGAACUUUUGAGACAUGAAAGAAAAGUACACCUGAAAGCAAAGAGUCCCGAAACGUCCAAAGACUUUAACAAUGACAGUGCUGUGUCUUUUCAAAAGGACCUCGAUAAACAGAAGACAUGCAGUGAUAAGAGUUCUUACCAAUGUCCUGAGUGCAACAAGAAAUUUGAAACAAAGAUGAGUUUCACGCAACACAUGAAAGAGCAUACAGGAGACAAGAUCUAUCAAUGCUGUGAACGCAAGAAGGGUUUCACUUCAGAGUCUGGUCUCAAAGGACAUAUGAGAAUACACACAGAUGAACCAGUGAACAGCAGGGAGGAGCAGCUAAAGGUUCAAAUUGAAAGUGGAUUUGAGAUUUACCUUAUCAAAGAAGAAGAGAUAGAAGAAACUUCACUUCAACAGAAUGAUGUUUGUUGCAGCUCUAAAAACGCUUCAGAUGAUUUGGACUGUCAGGAGAAGAUAUCAGAAGCCCAGUUAUCAGAGGAUGGAUGUUUAGAGGUUGACAGCGAGGGAGCAUCUGAAGGAGUACAUUUAGAGAAGGAAGAUCAUGAGGAUUCUGAAUCAGGAUGGCUUCCCGUUUUAGAAGGUAUCUCUCCCGUCUCUCAAGACUCCAGCCAAGUUUUACCCAGCAUGGAGAACAGUAGCCAGAGUGAAAGAGAGCUAGAUGAAUCCAUGAAUGAUCCAACGAAUUCUCCUCCUACCUGUGAUGAAGAUUAUACAGGGAAACAGGGAUUUGACUGCACCAAGUGUAAAAAGAGAUUUUCUGUUGAAUCUGAUCUUGGAUCUCAUGUGAUGACGUGCUGUGGAAACCUAUUUACUCAAUGUCCAGUCUGCAAGAAGAUUUUCACGUCAAAGUCGAAUCUAGGAAAGCACAUGAGACUUCAUACUGGGGAGAAACCAUUUGAAUGUGGUGAAUGUGGAAUGAGAUUUACUUUGAAGCAACAUCUAGUUUACCACCAGAGAACACACACGGGUGAAAAACCCUUUAAGUGCACAGAAUGUGGUAAAGGUUUUGUCGAAAAGUCUGUCCUAAAAGUUCAUUUUAGAAGACAUGGAGGUAACGAACCUUUUCAAUGCUCUUAUUGUAACAGGAAACUGAAUUCCAAGAGAGAUCUCAUGAGACAUGAGAGAACACAUACUGGUGAGAAACCCUUUAAGUGCUCAGAAUGUGGUAAAGGAUUUUCCCAAAAAAGUAACCUAACAUUGCACUUUAGAAAACAUGGAGGUAAUGAAGCUUUUCAAUGCUCUUAUUGUAGCAGGAAACUGAAUUCCAAGAGUGAUUUCAUGAGACAUGAGAGAACGCAUACUGGUGAGAAACCUCAUCCUUGCUCUUCAUGCAGUAAACGAUUUUCAAGAAAACAUCAACUUUUGGUUCAUGAAAGAACACACACGGGUGAAAAGCUCUUUCUAUGCUCAGAAUGUGGUAAACGAUUUUCAAGAAAACAAGAACUUUUGAGACAUGAAAGUAAAGUACACCUGAAAGCAAAGAGUCCCGAAACGUCCAAAGACUUUAACAAUGACAGUGCUGUGUCUUUUCAAAAGGACCUCGAUAAACGGAAGGCAUGCAGUGAUAAGAGUUCUUAUCAAUGUCGUGAGUGCAACAAGAAAUUUAAAACAAAGAUGAGUUUCACGAAACACAUGAAAGAGCAUACAGGAGACAAGAUCUAUCAAUGCGGUGAAUGCAAGAAGGGUUUCACUUCAGAGUCUGGUCUCAAAGGACAUAUGAGAAUACACACAGAUGAACCAGUGAACAGCAGGGAGGAGCAGCCAAAGGUUCAAAUUGAAAGUGGAUUUGAGAUUUACCUUAUCAAAGAAGAAGAGAUAGAAGAAACUUCACUUCAACAGAAUGAUGUUUGUUGCAGCUCUAAAAACGCUUCAGAUGAUUUGGACUGUCAGGAGAAGAUAUCAGAAGCCCAGUUAUCAGAGGAUGGAUGUUUAGAGGUUGACAGCGAGGGAGCAUCUGAAGGAGAACAUUUAGAGAAGGAAGAUCAUGAGGAUUCUGAAUCGGGAUGGCUUCCCGUUUUAGAAGGUAUCUCUCCCGUCUCUCAAGACUCCAGCCAAGUUCUACCCAGCAUGGAGAACAGUAGCCAGAGUGAAAGAGAGCUAGAUGAAUCCAUGAAUGAUCCAACAAAUUCUCCUCCUACCCGUGAUGAAGAUUCUACAGGGAAACAGGGAUUUGACUGCACCAAGUGUAAAAAGAGAUUUUCUGUUGAAUCUGAUCUUGGAUCUCAUGUGAUGACGUGCUGUGGAAACCUAUCUACUCAAUGUCCAGUCUGCAAGAAGAUUUUCACGUCAAAGCCGAAUCUAGGAAAGCACAUGAGACUUCAUACUGGGGAGAAACCAUUUGAAUGUGGUGAAUGUGGAAUGAGAUUUACUCAGAAGCCACAUCUAGUUUACCACCACAGAACACAUACGGGUGAAAAACCCUUUAAGUGCACAGAAUGUGGUAAAGGUUUUAUCACAAAGUCUGUCCUAAAAGAUCAUUUUAGAAGACAUGGAGGUAACGAACCUUUUCAAUGCUCUUAUUGUGACAGGAAACUGAAUUCCAAGAAUCAUCUCAUGGGACAUGAGAGAACGCAUACUGGUGAGAGACCUCAUCCUUGCUCUUCAUGCAGUAAACGAUUUUCAAGAAAAUAUCAACUUAUGGUUCAUGAAAGAAUACACUCUGGUGAAAAACCCUUUCAGUGCACAGAAUGUGGUAAAGGUUUUAUCACAAAGACUGUCCUAAAAGAUCAUUUUAGAAGACAUGGAGGUAACGAACCUUUUCAAUGCUCUUAUUGUAACAGGAAACUGAAUUCCAAGACUCAUCUCAUGAGACAUAUGAGAACACAUACUGGUGAGAAACCCUUUAAGUGCUCAGAAUGUGGUAAAGGAUUUUCCCAAAGAAGUCACCUAACAAUGCACUUGAGAAAACAUGGAGGUAAUGAACCUUUUCAAUGCUCUUAUUGUAACAGGAAACUGAAUUUCAAGAGUGAAUUCAUUAACCAUGAGAGAACGCAUACUGGUGAGAAACCUUAUCCUUGCUCUUCAUGCAGUAAACGAUAUUCAAGAAAAGAUCACCUUUUGAUUCAUGAAAGAAAAGUACACCUGAAAGCAAAGAGUCCCGAAACGUCCAAAGACUCUAACGAUAACAGUGCUGUGUCUUUUCAAAAGGACCUUGAUAAACAGAAGACAUGCAGUGAUAAGAGUUCUUAUCAAUGUCCUGAGUGCAAUGAGAAAUUUAAAACAAAGAUGAGUUUCACGAAACACAUGAAAGAGCAUACAGGAGAUAAGAUCUAUCAAUGCGGUGAAUGCAAGAAGGGUUUCACUUCAGAGUCUGGUCUCAAACGUCAUAUGAGAAUACACACAGGUGAACGGCCCUUUCAAUGCUCUCAAUGUUAUAAGCAGUUUGUUUCAAAGAAGCAAUUCAAGUUGCAUACGCUAAGACACAAAAGGGCAACACUCUCAUGUAGCUAUUGUGAUGUGAAGUUUUUGGCACGAGGCGAUCUUAAUCGACACAUCCGCACACAUACAGGGGAGAAGCCCUUCCAGUGUGAUAUAUGUAAGAAAAGAUUCAACAGAAAUUCUGAUGUUAAUAAGCAUCUGCAGAAGGCAAAGGCAUCCGGUCAGGGUCCAUACCCAUGUGCAGAUUGUGAUGAGAUAUUUUGUUUGAAGGUUGGUUUAACAAACCAUAUGAUAACGCACAUCCAACCAAUGCCUUAUCAAUGUUCUGAAUGCUUGCAAAAGUUCAAAAGCUCGUCAGAAUUAGAGUCACAUGAUAUGAAUAAACACAAAGGAAAAAGGAUCCAAUUCUUGUCUAAUUUGUAAAGAGACAUUUUUGUCCCAAGAUUACCUUAGUGUACAUAUGCAAAUUCACUCUGAUGAGAAACCAUACAAAUGUUCUGAAUGUAGAAAGAGGUUUAGUUUGAAGGAAUACCUUGACACACA